GAAAAAAAAAAAAAAAACAAAAUUUAUUUCCACUAUUUUGUUAAAAAAAAUUAUAAACAAAAACCUCAUCGCAAAUAGUACACGUGUAUAUAACAAAUUUUCCACGCAACAUCAUAAUUAUAUUGAAAUCUGGUCUUCGAAUAAUAAUAAAAGCCAAAAAAAAAAAAAGCUUGGGAAAUCAGUAAUUCCUUAAAAUACGGUGGAAAUAAAAUCAUACGUACAAGGUUAAAUAAUUGUAACAAAUUCGAUAAAUCGACAGGAUUAAUUGGACCUGGAGUCGGAUUUCGUGGGGAAUUUAGUGAGAGAAGGAACAUGGUACCGUCGGUUUUUAAUCCACGAUAACAGGAUAUUUCAUCGAACAGCAGCGCCGUGAAACGAAUUUCCGUAAUUAUUUUAAUGUACAAUUUGUAUCGAGCGGAGUAAUUGUUUUUGAAUGGACUAGUCUCUUAGGUGUCACUGAUUACAUUAUUUUGUCCCGAUUCUUGGGACGGGUUCAGUGUUGUGUCGUAGAUUAUUAGAGGGGAGGUAAGAGCUGCAACAGAGCUUAAAAUUGAUGGGACUAAAGGAGUGAUUGAAAACAAAGAUUCAAGUGAACAUUGACAGUGAUAAAUAUGAGAAUGCAAUAAAUAGUGAAUAAUAUAAAUCAACGAGGAUAGAUCCAACAUCUUGACGCACGCGUGAAGGUACACGUGACAACUAACUCGUGAGACACUCGAAAUUUUGUUUUCUCUUCCUUUUCAGUACCGAUUAACGUGAUAUAAAUCUAGGUGCAUAACCGACUGAGAGGAUAAAAUUAUUGAAAUAACCAGGGAUAUAGAGCGUUAUUUUAUGGGACAUGGUGUCCCCGUUUGGCUGUGUAAGAUCGUCCUCGGUAAUGCUCCACCAUUCACACCUAAACCUCUCCAUCAGCAACUGAAUCCAUCGGAAUUUCGAUUAAUCUUCAUUAAUUUCUAAAAUAAUUAACAAUUAUUCCACAAAGUGCGCAUCAACUAAUGAGUACGAACAACCAACGGACAGCUCCAGUCAUCGUACUCUCUCCCCUUCCAGCGCAAUUUAUUGUUUAUUUAAUAAAUAUUUAUUGACAAAAUUAUAAUAUGCUGUUGUUAAACAUCUGGAGUGAAGUGGAUUAAUUUAAACUGUUGGCCCAAUAUCACAGAAUGGUUAACGUGACUGAUAGCAUUACGGAAAUAACAAUAGAAGAGGAAAGAACUUGAGCUACUUUAAAUAUCUGUGUGUAAAAGUCGAUCGAUAAAAAUCCUCAAUCAUUGGUGGAGGCUAUGGCUGGCUACAAUCACGCAAAUUCACAGCGAGUCGUCUACCAUGCGACCUAUCCAACUCCACUGGCCCCAAAUGGCGAUCCAAUAAAACUACCCGAAAAUUUGGAAACAUUACCCCGAGCCGAGCAUUUUCCCACCCAGAGGCAUCGAUGGAACACAAACGAGGAAAUCGCCGCUAUUUUGAUCAGCUUCCAAAGACACACAGAAUGGCAGAGCCGAGAGGUCAAGGUGCGUCCUCGGAGUGGUUCAAUGCUCCUGUAUUCGCGGAAGAAGGUACGCUAUCGAAGGGAUGGCUAUUGCUGGAAGAAGCGGAAGGACGGGAAGACGACGCGGGAGGAUCACAUGAAGCUGAAGGUCCAGGGGGUGGAAUGCAUUUACGGAUGCUAUGUCCACUCAGCGAUAUUGCCGACAUUCCAUCGGCGCUGUUACUGGCUCCUCCAGAAUCCCGAUGUUGUACUCGUUCACUAUCUCAACGUUCCAUAUCCUGAUGGGGAUGCCAAGUUGGCAGCUCUACCGCCGUGUCUGGUUCUACCACCUGACAAAAAGGAAUGGACGAGGGACGAAUUGGCCGCUCAGCUGCGACCGAUGUUUCUGGGCAGCGAUGAUGAUCCAAAUAAUGCUCAUCUGAAUCAACACUCUACACAUCCCGUUGAUAUGAUUGUAACUCAGCUGCUGGAUAGACAACGGGCGUCAUCAAGCACAUCAUCCAGUGCUGCUCAAUUAGCUCCUAGAAGAUUGACACCUGACAAUCAGGUGACUUCGACGACUGGAGGUCAGCAUACCUCAUCGACGGGGUCAUCGACCCGUGUAUAUUCCAGACAUUCUCAUCCAGCUCAAAAUCAACAAGCAACACCCCUCGUUCUAAGUUUACAACAAAUACAGGGUGGAGGUGGUCUUUUGAUACUGAAUAGCCAACCUUAUCAUCAUCAGCAGCAGUCGCAGAGUCAGCAGGAGAAGCAGACGCAGUCACAGCCGCAGAAUCACCAGACGGAGAUUCAGGCAGUCAACGAGCAGACGCCAGUCCAGCAGACGAAUGUCGAUCGUGAACAGCAGACACAGCAGGACAUAAAUACCCAAGAGAAUAAUGACAGACCAGUCCUACAGACCAUCGUCACACCAGGAAGUGGUACAGACGUCACUGAAUUCGUCGAGACCCUUGAUCUCAGUCAGGAAGACAUCCAGAGAACUCUGUCAGCGAACAUGAUACCAUCGUCACCUUCUCCCUCGCCGGCUGACAACCACAUAAUAAAUCCCAUGGAUUUCAUCGACUCCUCUGACGACGUGCUGGUCAAUCUAGACGCUUUCGAUGUCUUCGGAGAUCUGCCGGAGCUCCACGAUUUUGAGACUGAACAGAUUAAAACCGAGAGCCGGAGUACUUCAUCACAAAAUGACAGCACUCGUGGUCCUGGAGCUACAGUUCACAUUGCUGAGUACAGCCCGGAGUGGAGCUACACCGAGGGUGGCGUCAAGGUAUUAGUGGCAGGACCGUGGACUGGUGGGGGCAGUUCCCAAUCGUACUCGGUUCUUUUCGAUACAGAACCUGUUGAAGCCUGUCUCGUUCAGCCCGGUGUAUUACGUUGUCGAUGCCCAGCGCAUGCACCUGGCAUAGCAUCCCUCCAAGUGGCUUGCGAUGGAUUCGUUGUCUCCGAUAGUGUUGCUUUUGAGUACAGACGAGCACCCACUACAGAGCCUAGCCCUGAAAAAGCACUGUUGGAUCGCUUCGCGGAUGUAGAGUCACGAUUGCAGGGACCCGGUCCACGCUCACCAGUUGCACACCUUGAGGAACGACUAGUAGCGUAUUGCCAGGACGCAGUGAUUCGUCCUUGGCGAGCCGGUGCUGAGCCUCUGCAAUCGACUGGGCCAACACUUCUUCAUUUGGCUGCUGGACUCGGCUACUCCAGGCUGGCUUGUGCUCUUCUUCACUGGCGUGCAGAGAAUCCAAGCAGUGUCUUGGAUGCCGAGGUUGAUGCUCUUCGACAGGACAAUGCUGGAAUGACACCUCUGGCCUGGGCUUGCGGCGCAGGACAUGCAGACACUGCGCGUAUCCUUUAUCGGUGGAAUGCGAUGGCCCUGUGCGUGAAGGACCGGCAGAACAGAAGUGCCACGGAGAUUGCCGCGGAAAAUGGUCACGGGGUCAUAACUGAGGAGCUGAAUCGCAUGGAGGCGCGCCGACAGGACGAACGCUUGUUUUUGAGACCAGCAAGCCCCAGUCCAAGGAGACCUUCGCAGGACAGCGGACUCGAUUUGGCAUCAUGUGGUUCCCUGCUACUGGAGAAUAUGGAAUUUUCACAAGAAGAUGACUCGUCCGUAGGCAUUGGUUCACAGCGAAUGGAGAGUACAUCAAGCUCCCAAUCGUCCGUAGGGGAGGAAGAUGUGCGGGUGUUGACAUUAGCCGAGCAAAUAAUCGCAGCACUUCCAGAAAGGAUUAAGAGGGAGAAAACAAAUCGAAGUACAUCCCUGCCACCGCCCUCACCCACCCCAUUGGCUCUACUGGAGGACCCUCUGACCGAGCCAAUGCCUUUGAAUUCAAGCGAUUUGUUUGAUUGCUACCGAGAAUGCAGUGGUGGAGCCGCAUCAAUAUCCGAUGUGGAUGCCGAAGCGAGUCCCUCGAGUCCCUCCAGCAGCUGUUUGACUCCAGACUCACCAUCGCCAUCACCAACGACUUCCGAUUUCUGUGAGUUCUUGCAGUUGCAGCUGCAGCUGGACAACGGACGAACCACCCAUUUCCACAGCGUCGAGAGGCCCAUUGGGUCUGGUAUUUACAGCAGGACGACUAGUCAUGAUGGCAGCGAAGCUGAUCUCAGUAGAUUGACACUCUCUGAUCGGGAACAGAGGGAGCUCUACCAAGCAGCUCAAAUGAUUCAGAAAGCCUAUAGGAGCUACAAAGGGAGGCAGCGACAGGAAGAAGCUGAACGACAUGCUGCUAUUCUCAUUCAACAGUACUAUCGACGUCACAAACAAUACGCAUACCACAGACAAGCUAACAAAGCAGCGCUCGUCAUUCAGAGCAACUAUCGCAAUUAUCGCGCUCGUCCGAGUUUCAAAAGCACAAGACCACAAUCCGUUCAUCAGCAGGCGGCGCAUCAGGCUGCGAGGAAAAUACAGCAGUUCAUGCGUCAGUCAAAAAUCAACUUGUCCUUGGAUGACACUCGACCGACUGCAGAACGCCAAGGCCGUCGCAAGAGGGAACGCGAAGCUGCCAGUGCAACGUUUUCAAAUGGCUGUUGUCCACCGAAACUAGCCCUGAUUUAGCCUAGAAGCUAAUCCCGACGCCAUCGCUACUUGGUUAGUGAAUCUCGAUUCGAAUCCAAGAGCGACCAAUUGCGAGGUGGAACUUCUGACCGUCCAUCAUGCUGCCUCCCUGUCAACACCUAGAGACCCAAGCUGUUAGAGAUGGGUGUUUCUUGUUUCAUCGGAUUAAUUUAUCGAUGAAAAGACGAUAGAGACUGGAUCGCGAAUCGACUGUAUAUUUUUAUUUAUAUUUAUUUUGUCCGAGUGGACGCAGGGGACCGCUGAAACCUGCGUUGGUACAUUCGGCUGCUGAAGAUGCCACCUCCCGCUCACUCGAGUGGAACCAACUUUUCACAACAAAAUGUCCGCCUAGGUCUCUAGAGACCGGCGUUCAGCUACCACCCACGUUGGUAACUGCACAUUUAUCUGUACAAUUUUUUAUGCGAAUGCACGCAUUUAAAAAUUUAUAGAAGAACUUUGCCCUUUCUCCGAGAAAUCCUGUUAAAUUUUCACUACAGCUGUAAGAAUUCUGAAGUCUUAGAAUCCUACUUUGCUUUUCUCUCUUUAUCAUCAUCACUGGACUAUUCUGCUCGUUUCUAGAGGAAUUUAUUUUCUUGUUGUUAUAAAAUCCAAAGGAAAAAACGUGAAAGUGUUAUUCAUAAAAAUCUUUGCAGCGAAAAAUUCUCAGGGAAAGCGCUGAGUUUUUCUAUUAAAAUUAUCGUCCGUGGGAUAUCGCAGCAUGAACUCCAUGCCGCUUCUUCCUUGAAAAAUAAUUCAAUUGAAAUCUCAGACUUUUAUCUCAUAGACUCGACAAAUACUGCAAUAUUGUUAAAUCUUAUAUUUGCAAGCACCGCGUCGUUGCAAUAUACUUGAAUCUUCUUCUCUUCUCAUUUUAAUUCUGAUUCAUGAUUCUGAAGUAAAAUACUAAAACUUUAUUCUGGAAAUUUUAAUAAAAAUUUAUGACAUUAGUUGAGGUGAAUUGAUUUGUUAUAUGGAUAAGAGUGGAGGAGUGAAAUCAAAUUUACGAUACAGUCUAGAGUAGAAAAUUGUUCGCAAUGAUAUCGACAUAUCAUUUAGACAGCCCUUUUUAUAGAGUUCUGUUCAUUGGUCAGAGUGUCUCAUCGGAAAUCUCGAGAGAAUGACCCCUAGUGAUUUCUUCGCAAAAUAGCGAUUGAGGACAAGAUUCUAAAGAUGUACAUAUUUAUUCCAGAACCUUCAAAACAAAUAUUCAAUUUCUUAUUGACGAUGGGUAGUUCAUCAUUCUACGAUAAUUCAAUUUUCUCAGACUUCUAGUCUAGGAACUAAUCAAUACUUUUCAUCGAUUAUAUAUUUCAAUCAAUUACCGAAUAAUCCCGCUAUUGGGAGAUGAUUAACUAAUUGGUCGUAAUAUGAGAAGGUUUCAAUCUUUCAUUUUUUUCGUGAGAUUAACUCAGUGCGCUAUCCAGAACAAUCCCAAUGUAGAAUUUAUAUCUAACAUAACCUGAGACUUGUGCGUUGGUGAUAAAAUUGUAUUGCUACAUAAUGUGAUAAUGAUGGUGAUCAAAGAAAGUAUUUCCGAUGCUUUGCAGAUAUAAGAACAAAAGACAAAAUUCAAAAUAAAACUAAUAGCCGGUAGUCAGUAUUUUUGAGAGGUAUCGGAAUUUCGAAAAAUUCAUUGUACGAAUUCUCAGCCAAAAGAGAGCGAAAAUAUCUGAAAGAUACUUUUCAAGAAUUGUUCAGUCAAGAAUAGAAUGAUGGAAUUAAUUGAGGCUCACCGGAGCAGACUAAAUAAUUAUAAUAAUUAUCUAAAAAUGCGAGGUGGAGUUGCCGCCAUAUUUGAAAUCCGGUGCUACAGGGGAGGAGAGGGUAUUUAAGAUGGCGGCGCGCGCGAUCGGAACUCACCUCGUAUUUUUGAACAUGAAUUGAAAUAGUUUAUCGCUGUUAGAUCAUUCUCCACUAGUUUUAUUCAGUUUCUAUAAAAAGAAGAAAUAUUUUAAGGCAUCUUUGAGGAAAUUCCGUAACUUUUUGGCAGAGAAUUCAUUCUGCGAAGUAUCUUCCGCAUUCCAGUGACUUUUUUUUCGAACAACCGAGGCCUCUCAAAAGACGAAAGCUGCUAACUCCGAGAAAAUAGAAAUUCAACGAUGAGAAUAGGCGAGGUGGUGUCACAGACAAAAUGAUUUAGUUGUUAAGCUCACACGCUCAAACCCCUCAGUUCCAUCAUAACGGAAUAUCAAGACAUCUUGAUAAUUGCGUCUUAACUGUAGAUAUUGGAUUAAUUCGAUAAGCGUUACGAUAGUGAUAAAUAAAAAUUGCAUUGUAAAAGGAAUAUGUAUAUAAAGAGAAGAUAUACACAUGAGUCAAUUCCAACAUUUUCAUGCAUCAAGCUUAUAAAAAGGGUAUCAGUGCUUAAUUGAGGUUAAAUUAAUGAGAACGAGGCAGAAAAUAUUAAAUUUUUCAAUCAGUAAAAUUAAACGAUAAAUUAAUAACAAUCUCAUGCUGACCUGUUUAGAGAGGGUCAGUGAGAUUUAUCCAAUAUAUUGUAUACAAACCAGUAUAAUAUAUUGAGUAUUUUUGCUCUUUAUACAUUCCAGUGAUCCACUCAUUGAAAUUUAGUAAUCUGGGAGGUAUGCGCUCUGUUAAUAGAACAAGUACAUUAUUUCAGGAAAGUUAAUCGUACGCUUUUGCCUAUGCAGGGAAAAAGUUCUACGAAUUUUCAGAUUUUACAUAACAAAAAGAUAAUUCUUAAUGAUGAAUAUCGUUACUUAACGAGAUUUAUAGACACUUCUAAGCGAAUCUGACUUUGCUACUAACAUUAUCUAUUACUAAUUUUUCCAGUUUAAUGAUGAUUCAUGCCUCAAUCCACCACCGAUGAGACGACUUUAUUUAUAUCUUCUUUGAAUCGCAUUGCUUUUGAAAAAUUCAAGAGAUUUAUCCUUCCCGUUUACCAGAAGGAUAUCAAAUUAACCGAUAGAAAAUGAGAAAAAAAAAAA